AAGCUGUAGAUGUCACUCCCUCCUCCUCCUCCACCUCCUCCCCCAGCUCUGCUUCCUCCACCCCCAGCAGCCAAGAAGAAGCUGUACCAGACCAUAGCCAGCAGCAGUGCUCCUGUGGAGGGGGAUCACACCGAGGCAUGCCUGCUUCUCAGACAGAGGGAGGGCUGCUUCAGGCAGGAUCUGCAGUGGUUACUGGUAAACACAUACGUGCCUUCCCUCAUCCAAGAUGGCCCCCAGUGUGGUUUGGUGGCUCUCUGGAUGGCUGCUCACCUGCGACAGCCACAGAUCAGUAUCGACAUAGAGACUGUGGUCCAGACGGCAGUGAGGAGGGGCUACACAGCCCAGGGGGAAAUGUUUUCAGCGUUUAACAUGGCCCUGUUGGCAGAAGAGGUCUGUGUCUGUAAGGCUGAACUGCUGUCAGGAGGUUUGAGUGGCAGAAACGCUGAGGCCAUCAUCAGACACCUCUGUUGCAGACAGCCUGUUCUCAUCCCAUAUGACGAGGACUUCAACCAUGAGCCAUGCCAGCGUAGCGGUCACAGAGCGCAUUGGGCCGUUGCUUCGGGGGUGCUCCUCGGUUUAGACCAGGGGACUGUAAAAGUUGAACAUAAUCAGCCGGAUCCCACUCUGCCUUGGCUCUACCUCGCCACCAACAGCAAUCUUCCUUGUCCCAUCAACAGCACAAGCGCCACAGAGGUUUACAUCCUUGCCAAGCAGGGUAAGAGCCUUCGCUACCAGCUGUGGAGUCUGGACAGUGUUGCCCAGAGCAACAGGCAGCUGAGGGAAAUAGACCCUCUGAGAGCCAAGGAUGGGAAGCAGUACGUGGUUCCUGAGGGAGGAGUGGAGGCCGGGCUGGCAGGACAGGCAGUUCUUCUCCACACAAAGACUCAGGAGCAGAAAGGAAAGUGAUUCUGAUCAGGUUCAUCCUCAACAGUCAAGAUGCCACAUUAGAGUCGACAACUUUAUUGGAGAGAGCGCAAAGUGUCACAACACAAAAGGACAUCUUUUUACAAAUAUUACAAUAGUUAAAGCUGUAAUAAAUACAUGAAAUAGGUAGAAAUAAAAUCAUGUAUUUGAUACAUCUAAAAAUAUUUAUAUAAAAGACAUUUUCAUGUCAUUUCCUGUGCAAUAAAUUUAACAACCAACUG